ACAUAACAUAAUCAAUUUGCUUGUGGCUGUUUGCUGAGCACCACCAUGCAAAUCGACCCCUUCAUCGCGGCAACCGCCGCGCUCUGCCUCGUCAUCCACCACCUCCUCCGCCGCUUCCUUCACAGGUCGCCCUCUCGCCUCCCCCUCCCGCCCGGCCCCCGAGGCUACCCUGUCCUCGGCGCUUUGCCCCUCGUCGGCCUCCAGGCGCACACCGGCCUAGCCCGCCUGGCCCAGCGCUACGGCCCCAUUAUGUACCUCAAGAUGGGAAGCUGCGGCUGCGUCGUGGCAUCUGACGCCGGCGCUGCCCGCGCCUUCCUCAAGGCCCACGACGCGCAGUUCGCCAACCGCCCGAACGUCAUCAGCGCCAUGGACGUCACCUAUCACCGCCAGAACAUGGUGUUCGCCGACUACGGCCCCAAGUGGAAGCUCCUCCGCAAGCUCUGCAGCCUCCACCUCCUGGGCGGCAAGGCGCUUGCCGACUGGGCCCCGGUGCGCCGCGCCGAGUUCGGCCACAUGGUCGUGUCCAUGCACCGAGCGGCCGCGGAGGGCCGCCCUGUGGUGCUGCCGGAGAUGCUGGUGUGCGCCCUGGCCAACAUCAUUGGCCAGAUAGUGGUGAGCAAGCGGGUGUUCGACGUCCAGGGCAUCGAGUCGAACCAUUACAAGGACAUGAUCGUGGAGCUGCUGACUGGGGGCGGGCUGUUCAACAUCGGCGACUUCGUGCCGGCUAUCGCGUGGAUGGACCUGCAGCGGGUACAGGCGAAGAUGCGGAGGGUGCAUGUUCGGUUCGACGCCAUGGUGACGAAGCUGUUGGAGGAGCACGAGACCACCAAGGAGGAGCGCAGAGGGAGGCCGGACUUCAUCGACACUAUCAUGGCCAACAGGGAGGGAGAGGACGGCGAGACCAUCACGGACGUCAACGUCAAGGCUAUCAUCUUUGACCUGUUCACAGCCGGCACCGACACGUCGGCGGUCAUCGUGGAGUGGGCGCUGGCGGAGAUGCUGAAGAACCCGAGCAUCCUCCGCCGCCUGCAAUCCGAGAUCGACUACGUGGUGGGCCGAGGCCGCAUGGUCCAGGAAUCCGACCUGCCCAAGCUCCCCUACCUGCACGCGGUGUGCAAGGAAGCGCUGCGCCUGCACCCGUCCACACCUCUCGGCCUCCCCCACUUCUCCUUCGAGGAGUGCGAGGUGAACGGCUACUACAUCCCCGGCAACACCCGCCUCCUCGUCAACAUCUGGGCCAUCGGGCGCGACCCCGCCGCGUGGGACGACCCCCUCGCGUUCGACCCCGACCGCUUCGUCUCCGGCAAGGCGGCCAAGAUCGACCCGCAGGGCAACGACUUCGAGCUGAUACCGUUCGGGGCCGGGCGGCGGAUCUGCGCGGGGAAGCUCGUGGGCAUGGUGUUCGUGCAGUACAUGCUGGCGACGUUGGUGCACUCGUUCGACUGGAAGCUGCCGGAGGGGGAGGAGCUCGACAUGGAGGAGAAGUUUGGGUUGGCGCUCCCCAAGGCUGUGCCUGUCAAGGCGCUUCUGAGCCCACGCUUGGCGACUGAAGCAUACAUUUGAUCCGCCCACGCACUCAUGCAUGGCUUUCCCUUCUGUACUGUUUUGCUUCUUGUUUGGAUUUGUCUCUUUGGUUUUGAUGCAUGUAUAUGUUCGACUACAAAACAUCUUCAUGGAAAAUGUUAGAUAAACGUUACCAUAUAGAAUCCACGGCAUUCUCAGAA